AUGCAUUGUUUAUUGAGCUGUAAAGCACUGACAGAACAAGAUGAACAAAACCUCACCGUCCUGGAGAAACAUCUCACUGUGGCCUGUAAGCGAGUCAGAAAUGUUCAGAGGUUCUCCAGUGCUCCACAUGCUCAAUCCCACAAUGCACCAGUGGAGGCCAAACCCAGUCCACCAACGAACGACUACAGAGAACUGGACCGCAAGAUCCUGCAGCUGUGUGGUGAGCUGUAUGAUCUGGACGCCUCCUCUCUGCAGCUCAAAGUCAUCAACUACUUGCAAACAGAAACUCAGUCGCAGUGUUGCUGUUUACUGCUGGUGUCUGAAGACAAUCACCAACUCUUCUGUCAGGUUGUGGGAGAUAAAAUUUUGGAAGAGGAAAUUAGUUUUCCACUCAUGUUCGGCCGCUUUGGGCAGGUGGUGGAGACAAAGAAAUCCAUUACACUACAGGACGUCAGCCAGGAGGAGCGUGGGUUACUCAGCAGUCUGCUGGGUUUGGAGCCGAACUCAAUGCUGUGUGUUCCAGUGGUGAGUCAGGCCACCGGACAGGUGGUGGCGCUGGCGUGCACAUUCAACAAACUCGGAGGACAGAGGUAUAUGGAGGCGGAUGAACAUGUGAUCCAGCACUGUUUCUGCUACACAUCUACAGUUCUGACCAGCACACUGGCCUUCCAGAAGGAGCAGAAGCUCAAGUUUGAGUGUCAGGCUCUGCUGCAGGUGGCUAAAAACCUCUUCACACACCUGGAUGACGUGUCUGUAUUACUGCAAGAGAUCAUUGUGGAGGCCAGAAACCUGAGCAAUGCGGAGAUUUGUUCUGUGUUCCUGUUGGAUCGAGUCAGUCAGGAACUGGUGGCCAAAGUGUUUGAUGGAGGAGUGGUGAACGAUGAUGAGAAAGAGUUUCGUAUCCCGGCAGAUCAGGGAAUCGCUGGUCAUGUGGCCACCACUGGGAAGAUCCUGAACAUUAAAGAUGCGUAUUCACACCCUCUGUUUUACCGCGGUGUGGACGACAGCACUGGCUUCAGGACCAGGAACAUCCUCUGCUUCCCCAUCAAAGACGAAAACGAAGAGGUGAUUGGAGUGGCAGAACUGGUUAAUAAAACAAACGGUCCCUGGUUUAAUCGAUUCGAUGAGGAUCUGGCAACCGCUUUCUCCAUCUACUGCGGCAUCAGCAUUGCUCAUUCUCUGCUGUACAAGCGUGUGCACGAGGCUCAGUUCCGAAGUCAUCUGGCCAAUGAGAUGAUGAUGUACCACAUGAAGGUGUCGGAGGAGGAGGUCAGCAAACUCCUGACCAUCGGCAUCGAGUCUGUGCAGAAAAUACACACCAACUUCGCUGAGUUCACAUACACACCACGCUCCCUGCCCGACGACAACACACCUAUGGCUGUUCUGAGCAUGUUUGAAGAUAUGGGUUUCAUAAACACCUACAAGAUCGACCUGCACACAUUAGCCAGGUUUUGUCUGAUGGUGAAGAAGGGCUACAGAGACCCGCCGUACCACAACUGGAUGCACGCCUUCUCCGUCUCACACUUCUGCUACCUGCUGUACAAGAACCUGGAGCUGUCCAACUACCUCCAAGAUAUCGAGAUUCUGGCUCUUUUCGUGUCCUGCAUGUGUCACGAUCUGGACCAUCGAGGAACCAACAACUCUUUUCAGGUGGCUUCGCAAUCCGUCCUGGCGGCUCUUUACAGCUCAGAGGGAUCCGUCAUGGAGAGGCAUCACUUCGCUCAGGCCAUCGCCAUCCUCAACACACACGGCUGCAACAUCUUUGAGAAGUUCUCCCGAAAGGACUAUCAGCGGAUGCUGGAUUUGAUGAGGGACAUUAUUCUGGCCACAGAUCUGGCUCAUCACUUGAGGAUAUUCAAGGACCUGCAGAAGAUGGCAGACGUUGGUUUUAACCCGAAGAACCGAACCCACCGCAGUCUGCUGCUCUGCCUACUCAUGACAUCCUGUGACCUUUCAGACCAGACCAAAGGCUGGAAGACCACCAGGAAAAUUGCGGAGCUGAUCUAUAAGGAGUUUUUCUCUCAGGGUGAUUUGGAGAAGGCGAUGGGCAACAGACCCAGUGAGAUGAUGGACCGAGAGAAAGCCUACAUCCCAGAGCUCCAGAUCAGCUUCAUGGAGCACAUCGCCAUGCCCAUCUACAAGCUCCUGCAGGAGAUUUUCCCGCGUUCGGCUGAACUGUACGAGCGAGUGUCUGCGAACCGAGAGCAGUGGGCCAAAGUCUCACACAAGUUCACCAUCCGCGGCCUACCCAGCAACAACUCACUGGACUUCCUGGACGAGGAGUUCGAGAUGCUGCAGUCACAGGGAGCCUUCGGUGACGAACCACAGCGCAUCAACGGCUGCAUGGAGGACGAGUGCGACAAACACUGACGCACACAUACAAACACACACAUGCAGUCGCAGGGAGCCUUCGGGGACGAACCACGGUGCAUCGACGGCUGCAUGGAGGACGAUGGUGACAAACACUGACACACACACACACAUGCAGUUACAAGGAGCCUUCGAGGAUGAGCCGCAGUGGAUCAGUGGCUGCAUGGAGGACGAGUGCGACAAACACUGACACACACACACACAUGCAGUCGCAGAGAUGCAGAGGAGCCACACACUAAUGAUGGACAGUGUGUGUGUGUGUGUGAGAGACGAUACACUCAAACACUGACUGAUGAAACCGCUGCUUCUGGCCACUAAACAGAUAAAUACCCAAAAAGAUUAAGGUAACACUUUACUUAAAGGGAGUGUUCAUACGAAUGAACGAACGAACGAAGGAACGAAGGAACGAACGAACGAACGAACGAUUCUUCAAGUAAAGUCCAUUACAACACCAGCUAAAACUGAUUUAACCCUUUGAAAAAUUUAUCGGGAAAUCUCUGAAAUGUUACUGCGGAUUAUUAUAAGACGUUUGAACUUGAAUUAUUUAUAUUUUAAUCAUUGUCAUUGAAGUAACUAUAUAUGGCUCUUCACACAGUAGAGCGUUAAAGGAAAACUCUAAAUUGCUCCUUUUACAGCUUUCAUAGGGUUAAAACCCUUUAUUGACUCGGUAACUUCACUGAUAUUGACUACAAUAUCAUUCUUUAAUUUUAUUUUAAGCCAUAUAAUGUUCAAAAACAUUUGCAGGGUUUUUUCAAUGAGUAUUUCAAAGAGUGCACUAUAAAGGGUUAAAGGAAAGCUCAAUUUUUUGUGAAUAUGCACAUUUUUGGGCUCUCAAAAAGGUUAAACAGGUGAGCUUUAUUAUUUUUGAAUCCAUUCUGCUA